UUUGAGCAGUGUCCUUCAUUGCUUUCGUCUCUGUCUGAUUUUCAGGAGCUUUCCACUUCUAGAGUAUAUUCGCGUAAAGCAAUUGUCAAGAUGCAGAACGAUGAGGGACAAAACAUGGACCUUUACAUCCCCAGGAAGUGCUCUGCCACUAACAGGCUGAUCACUUCCAAGGAUCACGCAUCUGUGCAGCUCAACGUUGGGCAUUUGGAUGAGUUUGGCCGAUACACCGGCCAGUUCACCACUUAUGCUCUCUGUGGAUUUAUUCGUGCCCAGGGAGACGCCGAUAGUGCUCUUGAUAGGCUUUGGCAGAAGAAGAAAGCUGAAGUUGGACAACAAUGAGAGUUUUCUAUUUGCUUUUGUAGUUCCAGCAGUUCUUCGUCAGUGUUUGUGGCUUCGUUCUGUUUUAUGUUUAAGGUCCAUUAUUAGACAAAUGGAACUGCAUACUUGAUUUCCUACUGUUGAGAAAAUUUUUGGAGUAUGGCGAACAAUAUGAGCUCUUUGAAUCAUU